AGCUCGAAAGUUUCACAAUGGCUAGUAGUUAGGAAACAGUUGAGAUAGACUUUUCCUUUAUCAUUACAUGCCAAUGGUAGGCAUGAAAACAAGCGAGAAAUCUAGUCUGCCUGUCAGUUGUAAGUGUUCCACAUACAACCAGAGAGAGGGAGCAUGCUGACUGCUUUGAUUCAUCGAGUGGUUUACAUCUGGUGCAAGUUGUCCAAUUCCUCGUUCCAGCAUGGAGUCAAUGUCGUUCUUCUUCCGAGUCCCUUUGUCAGCAGUAAGAUCCCAUAAGCAUGCCACUCUGUCUCUACCAAUUGGGGUAUCUUCUCUCCCUUAAAAACCGCUCUAGGAUAGCCUCUUUUGGAGUGUUGAACCUCGUCUCGAGGCGUUUUGGGAAUCACGGUCAUGUAGUGAAAGACGAUCUUACUGGAAGACCUCUACCGCUCUUAGAAAUAUGUCGACAAUCUCAAGAUAUUGAAUCUCUUAGACAGACUCAUGCUCAUGCCUGUGUUCAUGGGCUUUCAAAUGAUAACGUGUUGGGUACCAAGAUUUUGGGCUGCUAUGCUAAUUAUGGAUACCUGGAUGAAGCAAGAAGGGUCUUCGAUCUUAUUUCCCAUAGAGAUUCUCAUCCAUGGGACACUGCCAUUCUGGGGUACUUCAGAAAAGGGUUCUUUCAGGAGGUUUUGGGGUUGUAUUCUGGUAUGAAGGAAGAAGUCGGUAUUGGCAGUUUUGCCUGUACUUUCGCUUUCAAGAGCUGCGCGGAGCUGGGAUGCCUGAGGGUUGCCAGAGGGAUUCAUGGUGAUAGCUUAAAACUUGGAUUCGACAAGGAUCGGUUUGUUGGUGCUUCUCUUAUCAAUUGCUAUAUGAAUUGCAGAUUUUUAUAUGAUGCUCAGAAAGUGUUCGACGCAAUUUCACAUAGAGAUGUUGUUAUCUGCACGGCUAUGAUCUCUGGCUUUCUGCAGAAUAGUGCGGAACUUGGCGCCUGGAUGGCUUGUAGAAUAGCCUUUGACAUGCAAACUGAAGGGAUUUUGCCAAACCGUGUAACACUCAUGAGCUUGCUCAAGGCCGCUUCGAGAUUAGAGUCUCUUAGCAUUGGUAAGUCGAUUCAUUGUUAUGCUAUUCGAAUGGGAAGGGAUACCGACGAUGAAGUAUUUGAGACGUGUCUUAUUGAAAUGUAUAUGAGUUGUGGUGCAGAAGGUAUCUCGAGAUAUCUGUUCUCCAAUGCAAAGACAAAAUCUGUAGUCACUUGGAAUGUGAUGAUCACGAGCUACAUUCAGUGUGGUCGACCAUCAGAUGCCUUUGAGGUUUUCCAUCUCAUGAAAAAUGAAGGAAAUGUAUCACCAGAUGCAAUCACCCUAUCGAAUCUUGUUCUAGGAUGUACUCACUUGAAGUGCAUUCGUGAAGGCCUAAGCAUUCAUGGAUACAUUAUCAGAAGGGGUGUCCUUCUCGAUUUAGUGGGAAACACGGCUUUGAUUGAAAUGUAUGCUUUCUCGAAAAGUAUAAGCAUUGCCAGAAAAAUGUUCGAUGAAAUGGAAACAAGGGAUGCGGUUUUGUUCAAUGUUAUGCUAGCGGCGUAUCUUCGAUUCAUGUUGGUCAAUGAGGCUUUCAGUUUGUUUACUACAAUGGGGAGCAUUGGUGUUAAACCCAAUGUGGUGACAGUACUAAAUUUGUUGUCAGGGUGCCUGGUUUUGCCGAACCUUCAAGAAGGCAGUCAGAUCCAUGGAAUGACCAUAAAAUGUGGUUAUGAUUUGGACACGGCAGUAACCAACCAGAUCAUAGACUUGUAUGCUAAACAUGGACACCUUGCUGAUGCAAGGGCGCUGUUUAACAGAACGAGCCCAAAGGAUUUGAUCUCAUGGACAUCAAUGAUGAUGGGUUAUGUGAACCAAGGGCAUGCUGGCGAAGCAUUAAAUUUGUUUUCAGUGAUGCACGGAACUGGGCAGAAGCCUGACGCUGUUGCUCUUUCGACUUUGCUAAUUGCAUGCAGUCAACUUGGUUAUCUGAACCAACUGAGAGCAGUUCAUGGAUAUCUAUAUCAUUUUUGCUUAGAGAAGGAUGUUCCCAUCAUCAACUAUCUGAUUGCUGCUUAUUCCAAGUGGGGAUUAUUUAAUUAUGCACAAGCUUUGUUUCAAAAUAUGAUAGAUAGGUCGUUGGCUUCAUGGAACACAAUGAUUGAUGCUUGCGGAAUGCAUGGGAGGUGCAUGGAAGCGCUCGAGCUGUUUGAUGAGAUGCAGAGGGAAAAGGUAAAGCCAGAUGGAGUAACCUUCACUUCCCUGUUAGCUGCUUGCAGCCAUGCUGGUCGCAUAGAAGAGGGCUUGCAUCUCUUUCGUUCAAUGAUUGAUGAUCACUUGAUCAUUCCACGUGAAGAGCACUACUCUUGCAUGGUUGAUUUAUUGAGCAGAGCUGGUCAACUUGAAGAAGCAUAUAAUCUUAUGAAGUGCUUUCCAUUCAAAGGUAAUGCUAGCACCUUAGGACCUUUGCUUGGUGCUUGUAUGGUUCACCAGCACUCCGAGUUGGGAGAGACCAUAGGAACGCAUCUUCUAUCUUUAGACCCAGAGAACACCGGCGCAUACACACUUAUGUCGAACAUGUAUGCCGGUGCUGGAAGAUGGGAUGAUGCACAAAGAGUCAGGGAUGCUGCAAAAGCAAGAGGCUUGAAAAAGUUGCCUGGAUAUAGCUUAGUAGGAGCGGCCAAACGGGUUCCUUUAAAAACUUUUCCAUAUGAUUGGGGUUAAGUUGCGGUUGCUUCUGCUUGGUUGUCAACUUGUAAAAUCUCAUCAAACACUCGUUCCAGAGAGGGGUUAUAUAUUUUCUUUUAUUCAUUCAUUGUUAUUCUUGGUGUCAUUUCAGAAAGAUAGUGUAAAGGAAAAUCCUGUAACAUUGUUGAUACGAGCUUUUGCA